UUUUACGGGCCUAGUGUUCUCUUUUCAUACCUUUAACUCGUCUAUCAUGUGCUUUAUUUGUGAUUCUUCGUCGCCAUUCUCUUCUGGGUUGUUCAAGUUCCUCAAUUUCCUCAUCUGGGUCUCUUUCAAUUUUUUCUGUUCUUCAAUCUUCUGGGUCACUACUAGGUGGAUUAGAGUUGGAAUUUUUGAUCACGAAGUUGGAAAUUGAGGCUUGUCAAGUGCAGUAAACUUGGGGAUGUGAUGGUUUUGGGCUCUUGAGUGUUGUGUGAGGAGCUUGAGCUUCUUUGCUGUUGAUUGGCCUCUCAGCUAUGUACGAAUCCAGCUGCAAUUGUAUGGCAUCUCACAUUUUUUUGUUUGAAUUAGCAGGUUCAGUCCACCAAUAUUGUCCAGUCAGGGUGUAAACUUGCGAUAGAUUCAUUGGACAACAUAGUGGCUGAAGGAACGAUCAUUCAAGUGGAUGUUGAGUCCUGCAAGCAAACUAUCCAUGGUGUUCCAAUGGCUGAGGAAAAUGUCCGAGUAUCGAUCACCAAAUCUAUUGUUGCUAAUGCUUUGCUACCAAUUCCUAUUAAUGAUGAGAUUCUGUUUGUCCGCGAUGCAAUUGGUACAUGCAUUGCUUGGCCUAGAGACUGGGUUAUACCUACUAGAGCUGAUGCAAAGCAGCAAAAGCAUAAAAUUGUGAGGAGGAAAAAGAAGGAUAUAUAUGAUGAGGAUUUUGAUCAUGAUGAUUUGGACAAGCUGCCACCCAAUUUGCCUCCACCACUUAAGACGUUGGCCACAUGGGCUAAUGAUAACUUGAAGGAUGGGAUCACCAUCCACAUAACCUUAGGAGAGGAAUUAUUUGGAUAUCUAAAAAAGGUCGCCAUCUUCAGAAGGGAUGUGUAUGCCAUGACCAACAUGAAAGAGGUUUCUGCCGGCUGCAUUGUGAUGUAUAGGAGCUUCCUUUAUCAAGUGUUGAAGAAAUCGAAGAUGUUUGAUAUGAUUGGCUUCGUAGAUCUUGCUAAUACUGGUGUCAUUGGCUGUGGAAAUCCAACUGAACGGGCUCGUUCUUUGUCAGUUUCUUAUGAAAGAGGGAAGCGUGGUCAGAUUUUUUUGGUCCCCUAUAAUUCAGGCUGUCAUUGGAUGUUGACGGUGGCGAACCUCACUGAAGAAGUUGUGUAUUUCAUGGAUCCGCUAAAGAGGCGACUCAUCACCGGUGAAUGGAGAACUAUUGUGGACAACUCCAUCAAAAUAUUCAAUGUACAAAAACAUAGGAAAGGCCGAAAGACAGUUCAAUGGAAAAACUGUGCAGGCAUUCCGGAGCAGAUGGGUGAUAAGACUUGUGGAUAUUGGAUUAUGCAUUACAUGAGGGAUAUAGUGGAGGACAAAAACCAAGAGUGGAGUGCUAAGUGGGAAAGAAAAGCAAAUCACUAUUACACAAUGGAGAAUGUUGAUGCUGUCCGGGCAGAGUGGGCAAAGAAUAGCCAAUUUUAAUUUCCAGAAUGCAUGCAUACCAAUUGUACAGGGGACUACUAAAAUGUGUCGUCACAAACUGCAAGCUAUAACAAAAGCA